AUGUUUUAUUUCUCUGCAGAGACUCUGGAGUCUCAGGAUGGAUCAGUCAAGAUUUCUGCGUCGCAGCUUCGGGAGCGCUGUCUGCUGCCUCUUCAGAUGGCUCUGGAGUCUAAAAACACCAAACUGGGACAGACGGCGCUGACGGGGAUGCAGAAGCUCCUGUGUGAGGACAGGUUUGUGGGCGGGGUCACCAUGGAGGUGGAGGUCCUAGAGAAGCAGCUGCUCAGCCAGAUGUUGGAGGCCAUCAGAGUGACACCGUCUCUCCACGAAGACCUGCAGGUGGAGGUGAUGAAGGUCCUGCUGUGCAUCACCUACUCACCAAACUUUGACAUUAACGGAGACUCCAUCCUGAGGAUCGCUCAGGUGAGACAUUUUCACCGUUAAACUGGAUCCCACCAUGAAUACAUGAAGGGACAGGUUCCAAACCUCUCACAGCAGACAUGAAGCUGAAUGCAGCCGCCUGUUGUCUGGAUCAACAGGUGUGUCCAGGUGACGUGUGAUGUGACGUCCAUUACAGCCCAGAAAAACCUCGUCACCAUGUUAAUAUGCUGACGUGUCUCUGAGACGUCCCCGCAGACUGUCUAAAACCUG